UGACAGUCAACUUUCUCCGUCCGAAUACACACAACUUUGACAAUUUUCCCCACAAAAAUUAAACAUAAAAUAGUAAAAAAAAAAUAGGAACAAAGCCAGCUCAGCAAGUUUAACAAACAAUUAAAUUCGAUCUGGUGACCCAAGUCAAAAUCAGUCCAUUUCCCAUUUGACCCAGCUCCAGUCUCAUUUCGUGUGUAAACAAGAACCAUGGCAAUGACAAAUGGUGCACUGACAGCGACUCCCUCCGCGGAAAGCAUGAACGCCAAGGAGGAAGUCGACGGCAAUGCACUAAAAGUUGAGGCCGUUGGUUCUACUUUACGCAAGGCCAGCCGGAUCCCUGUGCCCAUUGGCAGAACCAGCCUCAGUUAUGUGAAUACACGGAAGUACACGAGCACCUUGAAGCAGUCUCGCCAGUCCUUAAAGAAGAACGACUCGAAUGGGAACUGUAGCAAGGACAGCAUUAGCCUCAGCCCCGCGAAACCAAACGACGAUUCCGGCAUUGGAAUGGACAACUCAAUGGGAGGCAGUGUGUCCCCGGUGGGUAGCUGCUGCAGUAAUCUGACUGGGAUUGGCGAAACCGAGCAGGAAUCUCUGAGAGCUCUCCAGCAAGCUGUGGCUGAGAUGGAGGCAGAUCUGAACACCAUCGAAAGUGAUGGGGAGACAGUCAACGAUAGUGAUUGUGAUACCAUUACUGCAGAGAAUGUCGAUCUGUUCAGGGACAGCCCCGAGAAGGCGGUGCAAAACGCUGUCAUCGAGAAGUUGCAACAACUGCUGCCAGAGGAAUUGGCACCGCUGCAGGAGCUGCUCGUGUCACCCGUGGAGAAAAUGGUGCAGAAAAAUGUAAAGGAACUUCUGGAAGAUAAACCUCAAAAGCCCCAAGAAGUUUUACAAACUCUUAAAGUAUUCAAAUCGGAAAAUUAUCCAGAACUAGUGGAGGAAUGUCUGCAGAACCUUAUCAAUGGUGCAGUCCACGAGGAAGAGGUACAAGCUGUAAAGAUAAAGCUGCACGACCAGCUCCAACAACUGACCAAGGCCCCACUUGGUGCAGCCAAACAGCUCCAAAUCGAAACGCUGCCAGGCAUAGUAACCAAGGAGCAACAAUUUGUGCGGGAGCACUACGAAAAAAUUGAACGUCUUUUAGACUCUACUUCGCCCAUGAUGGCAAUGAAAGCGGAGACCAUGGAACAGCAAGUGUAUCCACACUCCACGCCUCAGAAAUUGAAUGAAAUUGAGGAGGAUAUCGCAGCACCAGUCGAAGAAAUGUUACAGAAGACACAGCAAGACGAUGCUGUUAUAUCUUUUAUGUAUGAAACAGAUGAAAAUAAUUAUCGCGAGGAGAUGUCACCACUUAUGUCUCAGCCAUUUGAAGACAUAAUGCCACAGAAGCAACAGGACGAGCCUCCAGUAGAAAAAGCUGCGGAAGGGACACCAUCGAUGGCAGAGGGUGAGAAAAAUAAGCAGCUGGGAGAGUCUCUACCUGUACCAUCUACCAAUCCUGCAGAUAUCGUGGAUUUCCAAGAUCAGAUGGAGGCAGUGGAGUCCGAUUUAAGUGCAGCGCUAACCACAGCAGAAGCGAUCGUGGACUUGCAGGAGCAGCUCCUCGACAACACCAGUGGAGACGAUGUAGAGACUAACCAAUCCGAUUUAGAACUAGAAGCAGAUAUUCUGGAGCAGGACCAGAUUCCAGACCUCCUCUCUUGUUUUGUCGUGCAGCUGCCAGAAGAGGAUCCACAGGGAGAGCUGGAACAGGAGCAGCACCAGGGGCAACCACAAACCAAUUUGAAUGCAGUGGAAAAGGUACUGGAGCAGCAAGAGGGCAACAUAGACGAAACUCUAUCAAGUGUAUCGAACGCAACAGUGGGAUUGCAACAAAACCCACAACCGACUUCAACGUGGCUGGGAGAGUACAUCCAGAUGUUGGAUAAAAACAAAAAUGGCGAGGAAAUGAAAAAGCUAGUGGAAGAAAUCAUUCAGCUGGAAAACGAGCAAUCAGAGGAGAUGCCGCCAACCGCAACUCAGCCAGAGCAGAUGUCACAGGAGGUGGAAUCUGUUGCAUCCCCUCGCCGCCUUGGCCCCUUGCUGGGGAUGGCUGGUCUACGAGCUUUGGAAGGAUACCUGGAUGAUGGUAUACUGCUACAGCUGAUGCAACAUAAUGUGGCCCCAACCGACGAAGUUCCGAUUGAGCAGGAGGACCGCAGCGUGGGAGCUCAGGUUGCGGUGGAGGAGCAGGAUCUCGUGGAUGAGGAGACGAAGCAGGAUAAGCCAUGCGACAAGAAAACAAGUCGCUUUCGCGAGCUCCUGAAUCUGCUCCGUGCUAUCAAGAUGCCAAUGGAGUUUAUCCCAUUUGCGCUGGUCGGCACAGCCUUAAGUAUGUUGAUAUUUUUUCGCAAAAUUUAGCCCACAAUAGCCAACUAACAAACAAACAAAAAAUAUAACAAUAAAUCGACAUAGACAAUAUUCCAAGAUCAAGCGCAUUAAAGUCGGACAACUUACUGUUGUUGAGUUACUAAAUUAAACUAUAUUUUAAAACAAAAA